CCGCGUCUGUACUCCCAUUCGUCCGAAGUUUGGGCGAGCGGGGUGCGUGCGUGGGUCCUUCUCGUGUCGAGGGGGAAAGGGGGUGAGCCCGGGAGGAGCCAGGGGUUGCGUAGAAUGAGGUGUGAGUGGGUCCAGCAGAAGGAGACAUGGCUGCCAAAGUGUUUGAGUCCAUCGGCAAGUUUGGCCUGGCCUUAGCUGUUGCAGGAGGCGUGGUGAACUCUGCCUUGUAUAAUGUGGAUGCUGGGCACAGAGCUGUCAUCUUUGACCGGUUCCGUGGAGUGCAGGACAUUGUCGUAGGAGAAGGGACUCACUUCCUCAUCCCUUGGGUACAGAAACCAAUUAUCUUUGACUGCCGCUCUCGACCACGUAAUGUGCCAGUAAUCACUGGUAGCAAAGAUUUACAGAAUGUCAACAUCACCCUACGCAUCCUCUUCCGGCCGGUUGCUAGCCAGCUUCCCCGCAUCUUCACCAGCAUUGGAGAGGACUAUGACGAGCGCGUGCUACCGUCCAUCACUACAGAGAUCCUCAAGUCCGUGGUGGCUCGCUUUGAUGCUGGAGAACUGAUCACCCAGAGAGAGCUGGUCUCCAGACAGGUGAGCGAUGACCUCACGGAGCGAGCAGCAACCUUCGGGCUCAUCCUGGAUGACGUAUCCUUGACGCAUCUGACCUUCGGGAAGGAGUUCACAGAAGCAGUAGAAGCCAAACAGGUGGCUCAGCAGGAAGCGGAGAGGGCCAGAUUUGUGGUGGAAAAGGCUGAGCAGCAGAAGAAAGCAGCCAUCAUCUCCGCGGAGGGCGACUCCAAGGCAGCGGAGCUGAUUGCCAACUCGCUUGCCACUGCCGGCGACGGCCUGAUCGAGCUGCGCAAGCUGGAAGCCGCGGAGGACAUCGCGUACCAGCUGUCGCGCUCCCGGAACAUCACCUACCUGCCCGCUGGGCAGUCGGUGCUCCUCCAGCUGCCCCAGUGAGCCCCGCACCUCCUGGGGCCAUCUGGACCACAGCCCCCAUGACGCUCACCACAGCCUUUCUUCUCCUGCCCCAGAAAUCACUGUGAAACUUCAUGAUUGGCUUAGAAUGAAGGAAAUAAAGUCAAAUCACUUCAGAUCUCUAA